GACUUUUGGGCAGACAAAAGUGUGUGUUUGAACGCGUUGCGAGUAGAAAAGUAAAUUCCUAAAUUCUAAAAUGGAUAAGUAUAACACAUGGAAAACAAAUGAGAAUUCUGAUGACGAAGACGAUACACAUCCAAACAUUGAUAUGCCAAGUUUGUUUAGUUGGCGACGUCAACUUCGAUUGGAGCGUAUGCAAGAGCAUGAGAAAAAGAAGAAAAAACUCGAAAUCGAGCGCACAAAUAACAAAAAUCAAUUUGAAUAUGUUCAAAAGGCGUUCAAAAAAUGUGGCAACAAUGAAAUGAAACAGAGACGACUGUAUGCAGAUUUGAGAGAAAUCCAAAUGAAAAAAGGUGAAUUGGAUGCCAAAUACGAGAAGCUGCUUUUGGAAGAGAAAGAAGCACCAUGGAAUGAAGACGUGAUGUCAAAGCCAGGAUCGGAAAAAAAUAAAAUCAAUGAACCAUUGAAUACAAUGUACGAUGGUUUGCCGGUAGAAGAAAAGGAAAAUCGAAUGCGCGAUUUUCUCAAAGAUAAUAAAAAGUUGAUUAUACAGUUUGGUAUGCUACGCAAAUUUGAAGAUUCGAAAAAAUUUCUAUUGGAAAACGAUCAACUUGUACGCGAAGCAACAGCAAAUUACCUAAUCGUUUGGUGCCUUGAUUUGGAAUUGAAAAAGAAAUCCAGACUUAUAAAACAUGUUGCACAGCAAAGUAUCUGCAUGCAAUUCAUUUUGGAUAUGGCCAAGCAUCUUGACACCAAGCCACGUGCUUGUAUCAGUCCGUUCUUUGAACGAAUUCAAUUGGUCGAUGGGAAAUAUAAAAGACAAUUUGACAUUGAAGUGGAAUCUUUUAAAGAACUUCUUAAGAAACGUGUCACGGUGAAAAUAGAAGAUGUAUUGGAAAAAACAGGGCGAAAGUAUCGAAAAGGACCAGGUGGACUCGAUCCGAAUGAAGUAUUUGAAACAUUAACAGAGCCGCUGCAGAAAUGUUUCUUAGUUCGUGACCUAGAACUAUUGCGAGACACCCUCAAUGAAAUGCCUGAAUACGAGGCCCGUUACCAUUUAGAUCGUUGUAUUGCCUCUGGUCUUUGGGUACCAGAUGCAUCGAAGAAACCAUCAAGUACAUCGCUAUUAACCAAAUGUUUUGAAGUAUUUUACAAAUGGUUUGAUAAGUUUUGGAGAUUUAUAACCAGAGAUUGAGAGAUGAGUGAACAAAACGAAUUCUGCACCGAUAAAUUGAUUCGAUUUUAUUCUAAAUAAAAAAAUAAUGUAAAAAGAAGUAAAA